AACAGAGUGGCUGGCUGCCAUUUCCCAAAUCUCUCUCUCUCUCUCUUCCCUCUCUCUCUAGACUUGAAUUCAUGGUUUCCAAAAAUAUAGUCUGGAGAACGAGAUGAUGACAAUGAGGAGGAGCUUUUAGAUCUUCUUCUUCUUCAUCAUCAUCAUUCUCCCCUUCUUCCCUCCGAUUCAUCCUGCCUUUUUUUUCUCCCUGCUGCUCGAUCGGCAUUUGGAAGGGCGUUAAGAUUCGGCACGGCUAACAAAUAUUGAUUAUUGUAAUCAUGAGUGAGUCCGGACCUGAACGCCCCGUUCGACCCAGUUCGGAAAAAAUAGAGUUGGAGAACUCUGAGGAGGAAAAGAAGGCUAGGCGUAACUCUCUUAAACAGAGGGCGAUCAAUGCGUCAAACAAAUUUAGGACCUCUUUCAGCAAGAAGAGCAGGAACAGUAGAGUGAUGUCUGUUGUUGAGGAUGAACAUGAUGCCGAGGAUUUAAAGGCGGUUGAGGCUUUACGUCAAGCUUUAAUCCCUGAAGACCUGCUACCGUCUAAACAUGAUGAUUACCACACGCUCUUAAGGUUUUUGAAGGCUCGGAAUUAUGAUUUAGAGAAGGCGAAGAAAAUGUGGGCGGAUAUGAUCAACUGGAGGAAAGAGUAUGGUACCGACACCAUCAUGGAGGAUUUUGAUUUUAAGGAAAGAGAUGAUGUUCUUCAAUAUUAUCCGCAAGGGCACCACGGGGUUGAUAAAGACGGAAGACCUGUUUAUAUCGAGAGACUUGGUCUGGUGGACGCCACCAAGCUCAUGCAAGCCACGACUCUUGAACGUUAUAUUAAGUAUCAUGUGAUGGAGUUUGAAAGAACGUUUAUCGAUAAGUUUCCAGCAUGCUCGAUUGCUGCUAAAACGCACAUUGAUCAAAGCACCACGAUUCUUGAUGUUCAAGGAGUGGGAUUAAAAAGCAUGAAUAAAUCAGCUCGGGACCUUAUCCAAUCGCUCCAGAGCAUUGACGGUAACAACUAUCCUGAGACUCUCUGCCGCAUGUACAUCAUCAAUGCAGGCUCUGGUUUUCGGCUUUUGUGGAACACCGUUAAAACGUUUCUUGACCCAAAGACUACAUCUAAAAUUAACGUUUUGGGCAACAAAUUCCAAAGCAAGCUCCUCGAAAUCAUUGAAGCCAGUGAACUGCCAGAUUUCUUGGGCGGUACCUGCACCUGUGCGAGUCAAGGUGGCUGCAUGCGUUCCGAUAAGGGCCCAUGGCAAGAUCCAGAUAUCAUGAAGAUGGUUCGUAAUGGUGAACACAAAUGUUCGUCAAGAUCUGAUAUCGCAGAUGAGAGAACCAUUUCUGAGGAUCAAUCUGCUCACAAGGCGGAUGCGGAAUCUUCUGGAAUGCAAAAGGAGCAAAUCAAGCACUCGCAACUCGCUCCUGUUCACGAAGAAGAAACACAUGCUCCCACAAGCAAAAGCACCCCAACCGCAUACGAACCCAGAAUCCAUACGCAUGUGGCUGAAAAUACUGUUGAAUCAAGUUAUGCUAAACAAGUGCAGAGGGUUCCCACUCCACACGAAUAUUAUCAUGUCUCUGAGGCAGCAAGUGAUGGGCUCGGUAACCACAUCUUUACGGGUAUGAUGACCUUUAUGAUGGGAGUUAUGACGAUGGUGCGCAUGACAAAAACCAUGCCCAGAAAGGUUACGGAAACCAACCACUACCCUGGUCCCGUUUACGAAGAGCCAAUGAGACAGAUGCCAGGCCCAUACCAAAUGCAAACGCCUGGCAUCUCUACAGCCGAAUAUCUCUCGAUGAUGAAGCGUUUGGGAGAUUUGGAAGAGAAAGUGAUUAUCCUCACCGACAGACCAAUUGAAAUGCCUCCAGAGAAAGAGGAGAUGCUUAAUAACGCCUUGAAUCGCAUCGAGUCUUUGGAGAUUGAGCUUGCUGCUACCAAGAAGUCUCUUGGGGACACAAUAGCCCAACAACAAGAGUUUGCGGCUUACCUUGAAAAGAAGAAGAAAAAGAAAAGCAUAUUUGGUUUUUGAAGUAGCAAGACAAAAGUUGGUUGUUAGUUGUUAUUAAGAUAAUGUAGAAGGAAGAAAGGUGAGAGAAUGGUGGCAGCCCACAACGUUCAUUUUAUUCGGCUACACUACACGCUAACUGCUCUGCUCUCUUCGGCUGCAAACAUUUUUGCUUUGUGAAUAAAAAUCUCCAUUCAAAACAGUUUUGCAUCUCAUUAUGUUCAUUAAUGGCAGCUAGCUUGUACAGUGCAUUGCAUUGCAGUUAAAACUAAUUGUUUUCUUGCA